ACUUACAGAGGGCAGCACUCAAAAUAAGGCGGCAUUUGGAUAACGGCACGUGCACAUAGCUGAUAGCACGCUGUUAUCAUUUCAUAUUUAGUAUCGUGAGAACAAUAGAAAUCUUCUUCGAGUGUUUUCACGAAAUACGUUAAAAUCGGCUUUCUUAAAGUGACGUUUGUGUGAUCUUAAUAUCCAAAAUGAGCAGAAAAAGAGGAUCUCAGAUCACUCGCAGCAUGAGAGAGAGUAGCGAGGAUCUUUUUUUAUCCCAAGAUACUCCUGGCCCGAGCAGCCAGGCCAGCGUAUCGACGCAACGACGCACGAGAAAUUCGACUCCCAUGGGAUCACAGAUCAUGAGCUCGCAGAAUAUGGUCGAUAUGGAGACACAAAAGGAAACGCAACUAAUCAGCAGUGUAAUAAGAUAUCUUUUCGUGGCGGGUCGCAACAAGCAACCUGUACAAAAGAAUCAGAUCAUUAAAAAUGCACUAGGUGGAAGUGGCAAGGUGUUCCGUUUUAUUAUAGAGAGGGUAAACGAACAAUUGUCCGAGGUAUUUGGAUACAGCCUAACAGAAAUUGAAGGCAAUAAAUACAUAUUGGUGAAUGAAAUAGAAAACGAUCUUCCGCAUCUCACCUUCAACGAUAACCAUAAGCAGGUGCUGCUGUAUCUUGUACUCGUACAUAUUUUUAUGUUUGGCGAAUCAUGCAGAGAAGAAAUACUGUGGGACUUUCUUCAAAAUCUGGGGAUUGUGACUAGCAAGAAUUUUCAACAUGAAUACUUUGGUGACGUUAAACAAUUGGUGACAGUGGAAUUUGUAAAUCAGAGAUAUCUUGAGAAAAUAAUGAUAGAUAAAAAUGAUCCAUUGCAAGUUGAAUAUAAAUGGGGAUCUCGUGCAAGAAAUGAGUUAUCCUAUCGUUCCGCUUUGCAAUUUGUGGCAGAGACAUACGGUUGCUCUAUAAAGAAAUGGAAAUUGCAAUAUAAAGCUGUAAUUGAGGAUGAACAAUGAGAAAGAAAGUGAGAUAAUUUAUCUAUAUUUUCACCUUAUUAAAAGAAGAGAAAAGAAAGUUACUCAAAUGUACAAAAU